GGCAAAAUAUAAGACAGCAGUAGCAGGCAGAGAUCUGCAACAGAUAAACACAAAGGCUCUCACACACACACACACGCGCGCACACACACACGCCAGCUGGAUUGCACGCAGACGCGCACAACCACAAAGCGAACGGAGAGAAACACGCUGCACGAUUGUUUCUCCGCUUUCUCCCAAAUCCUAUUUUAAUGGGCUUCUUGUCAUUCAAACCUGCAGUGGAAUACAGACACCGAGCGGGAGCGGAGCAGGUGUGCCCUUUAAGAGGGAGAGCGGCCGACGCGAGGACGGCAUCCGAGUCUCCAUCCUCCGUGGAGUUCUGACAAGCGCGAGAAGGAGAGGAGGGUCGGCCAAAGCUCUCCGGCUUUCUGUUAUUGUUCUGCCACCUGGAAAACGGGCUGCAAUGGUCGGCAGAAGUGAAAGGCCCAAACCCGUCUGAGUGAGCCUUAUGAACAACAGAACCAAUGGACAUCAAAGCCCAGUGUUGGACAGACGAGGAGUCGGACGGGGAGAACGAGUCAGAACAGUUCCUGUACGGCAUACAGGGGAGCUGCGCUGCCGACCUGUACCGCCACCCUCAACUGGAUGCAGAUAUUGAGGCAGUAAAAGACAUCUACACUGACAGUGCUGUCUCUGUGAGGGAGUAUGGAACCAUUGAUGACGUGGACAUCGAUCUUCACAUCAACAUCAGCUUCUUAGAUGAGGAGGUGGCGACAGCUUGGAAAGUUAUCAGAACAGAGCCCAUUAUUCUGAGACUGCGCUUUUCUCUUUCUCAGUACCUCGACGGACCUGAGCCAUCAGUUGAAGUGUUCCAGCCCUCCAAUAAAGAAGGCUUCAGCUUGGGCCUGCAGCUCAAGAAGAUCCUGAGCACAUUCACCUCACAGCAGUGGAAGCACCUCAGUAAUGAGUUCCUCAAGGCCCAGCAGGAGAAGAGGCACAGCUGGUUCAAAGCCGGCGGAACCAUCAAGAAGUUCCGCGCCGGGCUCAGCAUCUUCUCCCCCAUACCCAAGUCUCCGAGUUUUCCUCUGAUCCAAGACACAGUUCUGAAAGGGAAGCUGAGCGUCCCUGAGCUGAGAGUGACCCGCCUGAUGAACCGCUCUAUCUCAUGCACCAUGAAGAACCCCAAAGGGGAGCUUUUCAGCUACCCACCAAACAGCCAGACUGUGGCUGUCCCGGCGGCCAGGGCCCCUGCGCAGAUUACCACGAGGCAGCUGAUUGAAUUGUUUUUCUCAUCCCAGGCGGGCGGCCACUGCAAGAACAUCCCUACCUUGGAGUAUGGCUUCUUAGUGCAGAUAAUGAAGUACUCAGAGCAGAGGAUCCCCACGCUCAACGAGUACUGCGUGGUGUGUGACGAACAGCACGUCUUUCAGAAUGGAUCCAUGUUGAAGCCGGCAGUGUGCACGAGGGAGCUGUGCGUCUUCUCCUUCUACACUCUGGGUGUAAUGUCCGGAGCUGCAGAGGAAGUGGCCACCGGAGCAGAGGUGGUGGACCUACUUGUGGCCAUGUGUAGAGCUGCUCUUGAAUCUCCCCGUAAAAGCAUCAUCUUUGAGCCCUACCCAUCAGUCGUUGACCCCAAUGACCCCAAAACUCUGGCCUUCAACCCAAAGAAGAAGAAUUAUGAGAGACUGCAGAAAGCGUUGGACAGCGUCAUGUCGAUCCGGGAAAUGACCCAGGGCUCUUAUCUAGAGAUCAAGAAACAGAUGGACAAACUCGACCCUUUGGCCCAUCCUCUGCUACAAUGGAUUAUUUCCAGUAACAGGUCUCAUAUCGUCAAGCUGCCUCUGAGUAGGCAACUGAAAUUCAUGCACACCUCCCACCAGUUCCUGCUGCUCAGCAGCCCCCCGGCCAAGGAGGCUCGUUUUCGCACUGCCAAGAAGCUUUAUGGCAGCACCUUCGCCUUCCAUGGUUCCCAUAUAGAGAACUGGCACUCUGUUCUGAGAAAUGGACUAGUCAAUGCCUCCUAUACCAAACUGCAGCUGCACGGUGCAGCGUAUGGAAAGGGCAUCUAUCUCAGCCCCAUCUCCAGCAUAUCUUUUGGAUACUCAGGAAUGGGGAAAGGACAACACCGCAUGCCCACCAAAGAUGAACUGGUGCAGCGUUACAACCGCAUGAACACCAUACCGCAGAGUCGUCCAAUACAGUCACGGUUUCUUCAGAGUCGAAAUCUGAACUGCAUCGCUCUGUGUGAAGUUAUCACUUCUAAGGAUCUGCAGAAACAUGGUAACAUUUGGGUGUGUCCCGUUUCGGACCACGUCUGCACUCGUUUCUUUUUUGUGUAUGAAGAUGGCCAAGUAGGAGAUGCCAACAUCAACACCCAGGAGCCUAAGGUGCAGAAGGAGAUCAUGCGUGUGAUUGGGACCCAGAUCUACUCCAGCUAAUGCCGGUUUCCCAUGAGCCUCUCUGGCGGCAGGCAGACAGCGAAUGUUUUGGCGAGCUGACCUCGGGCCCGACACCGAAGGCGGUGGGGAGCUCUUGAGCACAUUAUUUAUACUGUUGUUGUGUUACGGCCCUUUUCAUUUUCAUUUCCCCUUCUGCAAGCGGCUACACAUUUCAUGUUCAGAUUUAACCUGGUUAGAGGCGGCCUGCUUUUCUCAGUUAAAGCACCAACGGAGAAGAAAAGGCAGCAGUCACUGCUUUGGCUCUCCACACAUGUUCCAUAGACUCGGCGUUCCCCUUCCUUUUGUGCACUGACUGAUCUCGGAUCAUUUGUACUAAUUCUUUUUAUCAUUUCUAUUUGUGAAAAAGAAAAGUAAAAAACGAAUCAUUCCAAACAUUAAUUAGAUCCCUUUUGUGGCAAAUAAUCGAUGGAUUUACAUGCACAUUACUGUGUUUGCAAAAGCGUGUUUUCUGGUGGGUUUAUUAAAUAUGAUUUGACUAAUGACAUGAAUUACGGUCCGUGACAUGGUUGAUUGAGGGGCGAGCGCUGCUCUGUCAUUUUGUCCCUGUUCACUCCCAGAAUCCAAUAAGUGAGGUGUGGCUGGAACUCAUUUUACAUACACUGAAGGCACUUUUUGGUAACAUUAUCAAAUGUAAAAAUUCAGCUGUCGAAUUUAUUUUACAGAAUCAGGACAGUUCUCAUUAUUAGAGCACUUUCUAACCCUCACAGUUUAGAGUUAACAAAGAGAACUUUUAUCCAGCUGGACGGGUGUGACAUAGAGGCCUCAACGGUCACUCAAAUGAAAUGAAAAAAGACUACAAUGAAUUUAAUCUUUGGCCGUGUUAUAUAUGUUGCGUCUGAUCCAGGUUCACAAAGCUACUACCACAUUCUGUCACUGGUCUUCACCCUUUCUUUAUGUUCAAAAAGGGAGAUUUUUGUGAAUGAACAACACUUCCCAUUGGAGUCACAAGUUAGAAAAGCCACUGUACAGGAUCAUGGACUAUUUUACCGAGCGAUCUACUAGCAGGAUCCAGUGCAGGUGAGCUCACAUCCUCACCCGAAGGACGCUGGAUGUUAUCGAUCGGCAUUAAUGUGCUACUCUAUUGUUUCUCCUUGGAGAGUGGCAACCUUGUAUAGCUAAUCCAGUUUAUCAGUUAGUCAUGUACUGUAUGUAUGUAUGUAUGUACGUGUGGGUUUGUAUUUUCUUGACAUUAUACUAGGGAUUGCACUUAUUCAACGUUUGCCUAAACUGGGAAAUGGACUGUCCUCGGACCUGCAGCAGAGGGUAGUCAGAGACGAGUGGUCAACGGAUUCAUGGCCUCAGGGAGACGAUAACAUCCGACAUCUUAACCCUGUCUGUGCUGAGAUGGGCUUUUGGCGUCUCCUUGGACUAAAGAUUCCGGCUUCUCGACGGACUUCAAGGCACUGAGAUGGUGGAUUGCAGAAAAAGGACAUUGGACAGAAAGAAGUGGACAUUUAAAAUUCACUCACUGUACUGCGGGACUGUGCUCAGUAGCUGAUGGCUGUUUUGUCCAACAGGCUUCGGCCGCGAGAAUCUAUUCUCUGGCUGUCGGUCCCUGGAGAAUACUGCUUUCACAGAUGAUGUUGACGACAAUGAUGGUGAUGAUGACGAUGAUGAUGAGAGGCGAUGAUGCAGAAAAAUAUAAAUAAAGCCUGAUUUUGCACAGUUUUA